UCACGUGUAUAUAUAUACACCCAUACAUCAUUUCUUCUUCCUCAUAAACAACAAUCCAUAGAUACAGUACUAUACGUAAAGAGAGAGAGAGAGAGAAAAGCAGAGGACAUUCCACCAAAUGGCUACACAUCCUCGCUUGGUAGAAGAUUGCCAGGGUUUUCUAAAACUCUACAGUGACGGUUCAAUCGUCCGGUCCAAUGAGGUCGACCGGCACAUCCCAUUUCCGGUUUGCAACGACACUUCCGUCGUCUGGAAGGAUUCCCUUUUCGACGAAGCUCACGCCCUCCACCUCCGUCUAUACAAGCCCCGCGCUGCCACCGCCAGCAAGCUCCCUGUCGUGUUCUUCUUCCACGGCGGUGGCUUCUGCUUCGGCUCUCGCACGUGGCCCAACAACCACGCCACCUGCGUCCGCCUCUGCUCCGGCCUCAAGGCCCUCGUUGUAGCGCCGGACUACAGGCUUGCUCCGGAGCAUCGGCUUCCCGCGGCCAUGGACGAUGCCUACGCCUCCGUGAAGUGGCUCUCCGGCCAGGCGCUUACCAGAAACCGUGACGCUUGGCUGGAACACGUGAUUGACUUCGAUCGGGUGUUUGUCAUGGGAGACUCCUCCGGCGGCAACAUUGCUCACCAUUUGGCUGUUAGGCUUGGAGCCGCGGGCUCGCCGGAGUUGCUUCCCGUCCGAGUACGCGGCUAUGUGAUGAUGGCACCGUUUUUUGGCGGGACCGUGAGGACCAAGUCUGAGGCCGAAGGCCCGCCGGAACCAACCUUGAAUCUCGAAAUUCUCGACAGAUUUUGGAGGCUGUCACUGCCGGUGGGGAAAAAUGCCGACCAUCCAUGGGCAAACCCUUUCGGGCCAGAAAGCCCGGGACUGGAGGGUGUGAAGCUCGAGCCAAUCCUGGUGAUGGUGGGGGGUAGUGAGGUGCUGAAGGACAGGGCGGAGAAGUACGCUGCGGAGUUGAAGGGGAUGAAGAAGAGAGUGGAGUGGGUGGUGUUCCCGGGGAUGCAUCACGGCUUCUUCACCAAUGACCCUUUCUCACAUCACCUCUCCAACCACGUCCUCCACAAACUCCUUCAUUUCAUCUCCCGCCUCUGAUCUCGAUCAUCCCAACCUAAGCAUGCAUGCAUGCAUGCAUGCAUCAAAUAAACUCCUAAUAUAAUAACACGCACGUACCAUACGUGCCUACUCGCAGGCAGCUCACACUUUUUGUUGUUUCUUUAAUUGCAAGAUACAUACCUAAUCAUUUUGUAUUUAAGUAUUCUAUUCUAUGUAAACAAUAAUGUAAUUAAUUACUUUAUAUGUACGUGCAAUUAAUGUGAUCAGGAUAUAUAUAUAUCUGACCUUUUGUGUCAAAAUGACAUUGAUCAUUUU